CUUUACGGCAGGCGCAAAAAGGCCGUAAAAGGCGCCGUCCGCGGGAGGAGCCUGAGAAAAUCAGGAUCUUAUGGCACUUCGCAACAGCUAUCGUCUGCCAAAUAAAAACUCUGAGGCUAACCAAUCCAUGAGUGGGCAUCGGUCCUUAAAGAAGCGAUGUGGAGAGUCACAUUCAGAAUCUCCUGUAAGCUGUGGUCGCGUUCCUGCUGCAGGAUGUGUACUAAGCAAAUUAAUUCAGUUGCCUACACCUCCAUUGUCAAAGCACCAGCUCAAGCGAUUAGAAGAACACAAAUAUCAGAGUUCUGGACGGUCCCUGCUUGAGCCACUAAUGCAAGGUUAUUGGGAAUGGCUAGUUGGAAGAGUUCCAGCCUGGAUUGCCCCAAAUUUGAUCACCAUCGUUGGACUGUUAAUAAACAUAUGUACAACUCUAAUAUUAGUGUAUUAUUGCCCAACAGCUACGGAGCAGGCACCUCCCUGGACAUAUAUUGCUUGUGCAUGUGGCCUUUUCAUUUACCAAUCUUUGGAUGCUAUAGAUGGCAAACAAGCAAGAAGAACAAAUAGCAGUACUCCUCUGGGAGAGCUUUUUGACCAUGGCUGUGAUUCACUGUCCACAGUCUUUGUGGUUUUGGGAACUUGUAUUGCUGUGCAGCUGGGGACAAACCCUGACUGGAUGUUCUUUUGUUGUUUUGCUGGGACAUUCAUGUUCUAUUGUGCACACUGGCAGACAUACGUCUCUGGAACAUUGCGCUUUGGAAUAUUUGAUGCUACAGAGGCCCAGCUCUGUUUCAUAGUGUUCCAGUUUCUCACAGGAACUCUGGGUCCUUGGUUCUGGAACUAUACGAUUCCAGUUGUGAAUAUUCAGACGAAAAUAAUCCCAGCUCUUUGUACUGUAGCAGGAACCAUAUUCUCCUGUACAAACUACUUUGGUGUGAUCUUCACAGGUGGCGUUGGUAAAAAUGGAUCAACUAUAGCAGGAACAAGUGUCCUUUCACCCUUCCUUCAUAUUGGAUCAGUGAUCGCAUUAGCUGCAAUGAUCUACAAGAAAUCCGCUGUGCAGCUCUUUGAAAAGCAUCCCUGCCUGUAUAUACUUAUGUUUGGUUUUGUAUCUGCCAAAAUAACUAAUAAAUUGGUGGUUGCACAUAUGACCAAAAGUGAAAUGCAUCUGCAUGACACAGCAUUCAUAGGUCCAGCACUUUUGUUCCUGGACCAAUAUUUUAACAGCUUUAUUGAUGAGUAUAUUGUACUUUGGGUUGCCCUGAUAUUUUCCCUCUUUGAUUUGCUCCGAUACUGUGUCAGCGUGUGCAAUCAGAUCGCUUCCCAUCUGCACAUCUAUGUAUUCAGAAUCAAGGCCUCUUCUACACAUUCUAAUCACCAUUAGUGACCGUGCUGUCACCAGGAUGAGAAAUAAGAAACCGUUGUUUUCUUUGAGAGAGAAUAUGAACAUAUUUAGGAGACUAAGGCAAAAGGAGCAGAUGAGAACAAAUCUAAUUUAUAAUAAUCAAUGUUGUAUAACUUUUCUUUGUUACUGGUAUCACUCCUUAACUAGUCUCUGCCUAUGAGAGGGUGAAUUCCAAGUACACUCCAGUCAAAUGUACAUGUAGUCAACUCUACUGGUUCAGUUCCCAGGAAAGCAUGCAGGGAGUAAUGCUUUGUCUUUGUAAUUACCUUGAAUACAGAAUAAACUAUCUAUGGUGAAUGAAUACCCAGCAAAUGAAAUUUCUAAUGUAGUAUAUUUACAAGCUGCAAUACAAUUUGCUUUAUAAUUUUAAUAUUUCAUCAUCUCUUAGUGAAAUACUUGUUUAGUGUCCAUUUGAAAUGUCUUUACUAAAAAGCUGAGCUUGUAAAACAGAGAUAUCCCACUAGCUUGCACAGCUGAAAUAGUGGUAGACACUUUGAGUCCAGAUUGAUAUGGUUCAUUUGCUCACAUAUUGCUGAGGAAAGCAGUUUGUUGCUUAAGAACAGUAUAUUUUGGUAGGGUCCUGUAAGUGGGUGGAGGCAAAUAUCGGCAUGCAACAUAGUGCGGUAUCUUUGUCAAUUAAUUUUAUUUUUUUAAUAAAUAUUAUCUAAAAAAAAAGACUUAUUCUCCAUUUUCCUCAAUGGAAGGACUUUACAAGCAAAUUUUAUUGUUCCUUUUUUAUGUAUGAAACUUAAGCAAAAUUUUCUUUUUGCUCUUUAAUAAAAAAGAAAAUUCUAAGAGCUACAGUAGUCUUUAUAUGUGUCUACCCUGUCACAUUUGACUGAAGUAUUUAAACAGAGAGCAGGUUUUUUUAUAAUGCUUCUCUUAUCUAUAGCACUUGUCAUAAGUUUCUCAAAGAUCUUUCUUUGCCUAAUUAAAAAGUCUUGCAGCUGAACUCCCAAAGUAUAUUGCACCCAUUUUACAUGUGGUAAAAAGUCAGGCACAAAGGGCAUUUUUUACAUGUGCUGUGAGGGAGGCACUUCAAUUUGAAGCGCCACAGCAUCUCGUGUAUCAGCGUCCCCACACUUCAGAAUGGCAGCGGGGGCACUUGAACUAAAACUCAUUCGCCACUUUGAACUGCAGGGACAUGGAUACACAAGAUGCGGAGGCUGACGGGAACACAGUAAUGACUACACUCCAGCAGACUCGAUUUAAUCAAGUUGGCUCCGACACGCUGCAAUUACAAAGUGUUGGAACAGCAAGGAUGUCUACAGGCACCCAAAGAAACUAAGGGCUGGAACCAGCAAAGAACUUAAGCACCUAAACGUUACAUGCUGCCAUGCCUUACUUAAGUGCUUGGUGCCCAAAGUUUUUGAACCCGAAAGCUUGCUUAAUAAAUAUUCUCCAACUAUUUGGGUUGGUCUAAUAAAAGAUAUCAAAUUCACCCAAGGAACCUUGUCUGCCUGGUGCCCAAAGUGGAAUUCAAAAUCUUGAGUGAAGCACCUUGAUCUCGUGCACAGUGUAGAAGGAGAGCUCCCUCAGCUGGACUCUGAAGCCCCAAGUACACUGAGCAUGAAGCUGUCUAGAGCUAGUCAGUAGGAAACAUUGCAGAUAAAGGUAUGUCUAAAAUCUAGCCCCUCGCUGAGAGUUAAAUGCCUCACUCAAGACUGCUAGAAAGUGGCUGUUUCCAUUUGCAGUCCACAGCCUGAAACCAUCUCCUAGGUGCUUAGCUUGUUCUGUGAAAGAAUUGGGCAGAGCUCACUUUUUUCUCUUUAAACGUGGCUGAAGGAAGACCUAGUGCCCACCGUUUUUUAACAGUGUAAUGUACUUGUUCUUAAACUCUGGUCCUCAGGCCACCCUAAAAGGUGUGUGGAUCAGACUGGUACCACACCCCCUUUUCAAUUAAAAGUUCAAUUAAGGGCAGCUGGUGGAGUGUGGGAACCAUUUAUCCAUUGGUUACAUGUAUUGCCUAGGAAGUGGGAUGGAUAGCUAGAUUCAAUUCACUCUUCAGCUUGAGGGUGUUCAAGCUCACAUCUAAUCUCCCAAGAGUCCUUGAGCCACCCAGCUUUCUGCUGUUGUGGGUGAGAAUACUCUCCAUCCCUCAUGUUGCAUUCUUUGCUGCACAGUCAUAUAGCUUCAAGAUCUGCUGGAUCAGUGAAAAUGCCCCAAGGGGGAUUGUGACUGUAUAGCCAGUGGUUGGUUCACUUACCUGAGCGAGAGGAGCCCUGGGUUCUUCUCCCUGCUCCAGAGGUAACAGAAAUGGCUCUGGAAGCAGAGAUCAUAACCUAGCGCUUCCCUACCUUCGGUGACUGCUCUAACAUCUAGGCCUCUGGCCCAAUUAAUUUUGAAUUGCUUUCUGUCUGGUAGUCCAGCUUCAGCACCCCAACUAGUCAAGUGUCUGGUGGUUGUGGACAUCUCAUGGGAUAGAAAUACCAAGCUGAAGAAUUUGAAUGUGGUCAUUCCAGUUGCAAAACAUGCUGAGCUCUAGGCAUUAUACACAGUGCACUGCUGCUUUGCUUUAAUAAAAAAAUCAAGCGCACUGUUUCACUUUAGGAUUCUGAGGCUCUGCAUGUUACAGGUAUGCUGGACAUGCCUAGUAGAUGGAGCCUCUGAAGGACCUGGGCAAGAAAUGCCUUAGUUCUGAAUCCUGAUUGGGGUUGGACAUGAAGCUCCCCACUCUCACCAAGGCUGGGGCUGUUUUACCAUGGUGCAAAAAUGAAGCUAGAUGCCUAGGAAAUUUUCAAAAAAAUAAAAAUAAAAAAUCAAAGCAUUUUUAAUGGAGUUUAGGCACCUCCAGCAUUAAACGCCAGAAUGAGAGGGCUUUCAGGACCAGUUUUGGACUGAGUUGCCUCAAAUUACAUCCUUUUUUAAUCUAUCCCUUAAUAACUUCCCAGUAGUUUUGAUGGGGUCAGUAAUAGUCUGGAUUUUUCAAUUCUAUACUUUAACUGGGUCUCACUGAGAUACUAGAAGCUACACAGUCUAUCAAGCUGUACAGGCAAAAUCAUGGUGCCAAAUAUUUCUCCUAAAAUGCCAUUCAUUACAUCUUUUGCCAUAUGCUUGUUUUGUUACUGGUUAUAUGAUAGUCUAAGGGUAUAUGUGCUGAUGCAGAGUUCUAGGGCAGGCCCAGAAUUGAACCUGUUGUAAUCAGUAUUAAUUGAACUUUUUGUGAGCACAUAAGCUAAUUGCAACAGGAGCGUAUUCUGCCUUUUAACUUCUAAAAUAAAAAAGCAAAACUUAGGCCAGGCACAGCUGUAUUAGCCUGUAAAAUGACCUCAUCAAUCAUAGAUGUGCCAAUUCAUAUGGUCAGCUGCUUACUGGCUACAGUCCUGAUGUGUUAAAAUUCCUUUUGCCUUGGGAAUAUGCUGGUCUACAGAACUCCUGUUGCAAGCCAAGGGAACUUCUAUGGGACCAGAGGAAUUGUAUGUUUCUACAGUCUUGAUUCCUUGUUUCUAUGCAACUUGUGUAGCCAUUCACACUAGUGUGACAAGAUACAGAAUGCCACCAAAUGACUCAACAGAGCACGAGGCAGGAAAAUCAAGUCCCCACCAAUCUGCAAGGGAGCUAAGAGCUAGUUAUUCCUCUACUGCUGUUGCCAGUCUGAUCCCAGGGGAUACAAGUGAUGUGAAGAAUGCAGUAAUGUGCCAUGAGUGAGGCCUGGGAAGGAGCAGGGCCAAGCACUCACUUUGGAAAUGCAUCUAAAUUGAAGGCAGCUUAUGCUCAGGGAAUGUUAUAAGAUGAUGCAUUUUACCCCGAGCCUUUCAUUUAACCUACUGGGAAGAUGUUUUCAUCUCUGUCCUGAUAACACUUCACUCUUCCCAGGUGGUAGUGUUUGCUCCCUGCUCUUUAGAAGUGUUUCUCCUGUAAUCUAUGCCAUGUAAAGCACACCCAGUUACUAUGGUAAUAUAUAAAUGCCUGUAAUAAAUAAUGGAAUAAAUAAACUCUACC